CUUCCACCCCGACCCACUGCAAAACCCAGAGGAUGACCGAGGCUCUGGAGGAGGAUUUCGGCCUGUUUGGACACAGACUCCAGUUGGCAGAUAUGGUGAGGCAGAGCACGGUGGCAGAGUUGCAAGCCUUCCAGCACUCUCUCCAGUUACAGAGUAACUCUCUGGCCCUUGGCCCAGUAGGGGACAGCUGUGGGGAACAGCAGAAUGUGGUGCCCCCCACUGCCACAGAGGAGAGACAGCGCCUCUCAAAGGGCCCUCCAGAGGUGGAAGCUAGCCAGCCAGUAAGCGUCCCAGACUCAGCCAAACCAAUGGAAGCCACCCAGCCAGUAAGCAUUCCAAACUCAGCCAAACCAAAGAAGAAGAAAAGGAGGUCAAGAGCAACAGACAGCUUUACAGGAAACUUCAACGACCUGUACAAACUGACAGAUGAAAUGCUGGGUCAGGGUGCAUAUGCAAAGGUCCAAGGAUGCAUCAGUCUUCAGAAUGGGAAUGAAUAUGCUGUGAAGAUCAUUGAGAAGAACGCGGGGCACAGUCGCAGCCGCGUCUUCCGUGAAGUGGAGACCCUUUACCAGUGCCAGGGCAACAAGAACAUUCUGGAACUAAUACAGUUUUUUGAAGAUGACUGCUGCUUCUACUUGGUGUUUGAAAAGUUGCGCGGAGGCUCCAUUCUGACUCACAUUCAGAACCGUAAGCACUUUGAUGAGCUGGAGGCCAGCCGUGUGGUCAGGGACAUCUCUAAAGCUCUCCACUUCCUCCACAACAAAGGUAUCGCCCACCGGGACCUAAAGCCAGAGAACAUCCUGUGUGAGUCUACUGACCAGGUGUCUCCAGUGAAAAUCUGUGACUUUGACUUGGGCAGUGGAGUGAAGCUUAGCAGUGCCUGUAUUCCAAUCACCACUCCAGAGCUCACCACACCGUGUGGCUCGGCAGAGUACAUGGCUCCAGAGGUGGUGGAGGUGUUCACAGACGAGGCAUCGUUCUACGACAAGCGUUGUGACCUCUGGAGCCUGGGGGUCAUCCUCUAUAUUCUGCUCAGCGGAAGCCCCCCCUUCACUGGUCAUUGUGGGACUGACUGUGGCUGGGACCGUGGAGAGACCUGCCGCACCUGCCAGAAGAAUCUGUUUGACAACAUCCAGGAUGGCCAGUAUGAGUUCCCAGAGAAGGACUGGGCCCACAUCUCUGCCCAGGCCAAGGACCUCAUCUCCAGGCUGCUGGUGCGGGAUGCCACCCUCCGCCUCAGUGCUGCCCAGGUCCUGCAGCACUCCUGGGUGCAAGGGAAUGCACCAGAGAGAGGUCUCCCAACCCCACACUUCCUCCAAAGGAACAGCAGCACCAAAGACCUGACCCAGUUUGCCGCCGACGCCAUCGCCUUCAACCGCCAGCUGUCGCAGCACGACGAGGAGCAGGAGGAAGUGGUCACCACCAUUGUGACCUCCAUGAGGCUUUCGCCCCCCUCCAACUCCCGGCUGGCUCGCAGACGGGCACAGUCCAACGCUCAGCGCACCACCCAGGACUUCCUGCCUGCUGAUGACGACAACCUCGACACUCUCGUCACCUAACCAGCUCCUGGUUUAACCCCAGGAAGACCCCGUUUUGGUGCUACUGCAGGCUCGGAGUUCCCUCGCACCUGGUUUAUCCUUCUAAUAUAGUCGUGUGCUUCUAAGAUCCCAACAGGGUCAGAUUCUCUGAUUUAACAAUGUCAGCCUCAGAACUGCUGCCAGGCUCUGUGUGCCUUCACUUCCCCUCUUUUGUUUCUCCUCUGUUCCCUCCAUCCUGGUGCUAGUCUCUCUUCCUCCCCUGCUCCUCCUCUCUACGUGGUGUUUACCAUGUCACACCAUCUGAGAUGGACGAUAGCUUCCGUUGGCAGGAGACUCCUGUGUAGCUUCACAGGUUGGUAGCCUCAUUGUCAUUGGCUCUAAUGGCCAGUGGUCUUCUUAUCACCUAGAAACAGAGAGAUCGGAGCACAAAGGGAAGCACGUUUUAUCCUCUACUAAGCUAACACACACUGAGUCCCAGCUUUGUAUCGGUUUCAGUGAUUAGUUUGGGUUGAGGUAGUUUCCUGCAUUUGAUAAUAACCUCAGUCUAUACAGACCGCAGUCCCAUGUUAAGAUGACAGGAAUAAAGUCACUAAAACGGGUCUAAACCUGUUCUAGUGAUUAUUUUUCUAUGGUUAAGACUGCUAGUGAUGGUUGCUUUAUGCUAGCUAUACUUAAUUGCACGGUUAUUUCCGUUAGGAAUGGAUUCUUGAUGAUGUCCUCAUGGGGCAUUUAAUACACGUACAGUACAUGUAGCUAGCCUGUCCUAUUGUAAAAAUCCUUUUAAUUUUCAAAAAACAUUUUAAUUUACUUUGUGUUGGUCAAGCUGUGAAAAGGUUUUAGCGUUAUUUAUAGAGUUACUGAAUGCUGCAAAAGUAGAGCAUUACUCUUCAGUCCCUUAAUAAUGACCCUGUUUUUAUCGCUGGUCAUACAUAGGCUGUGAGGAGGGUUCCAAACUUUCCCAAAAUGUCCUGGUUUUUCCAGAAAUCCCAGUUAGGGUUUUUGGAACCAGCAGGGAUGAAGCAUCCAACCUCUGCAGGAUUUCUGGAAUAUUUUUUGGAAUGUUUUGAGAAUUCUGCAAGCCAAUAAUGGCAAGGCAAGCAGACACUGACUAUGGCCUGGUAUUCAAGGAAUGGACUCUGUCCUUGAUUAUCCUAGUAAGCUUUCUGGGGCCCUAUUAUUGACAGAUGGGUCGAUAUCUACAGUAUGUUGAGUGUGAGUGUUUGGCCUAGAACUUUUAAGACAUUGUGCUUGUGGAAGGUGGGUUACUUAAUUGAUUUGAGAGUGCAUCAUUAAUUUGAAAAGCAUUUUGAAGAUGUGAAGCAUUUUAUUAUUUGAAUCACCCUGAAAUUCCAUUUCUUAUCUCCUUAUCGAAACAUCAGCUACCUGGAACACUUCUAUACUUUGAAACAACUCACUCGUCAUAUGUAUUUUGAGAUUAUUUGAUAUGAUUGCAUUUCAUCAGUAUUUUUAUUUUUUUAGACAUGUUUGAAGUAUUGAUAAACUAUAAGGAUUACCUCAGAAACCUGAAUUGCACUAGCCUGGUUGCCAGUUUGUUUGUGUUAUGGUGUCACUUAAUGUCAUGUAAAACAUGACUGCAAAGAGUUGGCAUGAUGGCACAAACAUAUCUGGGGCCAAGCUAGAAUUUGUAUGAUGUCUGCACAUUUUUUUCAAAUGAUUACAGGACCAUUCUGCCAUUGCUUGCUUCAAAUGUGUUUAACUUAUUCUCAGUCAUACCACUAAUAACCUGCAGCUUUCUUUUUAUGCAAAUUAAUUACUGUUUUGGCUAUUCACACUUUACUGAAUAUUGUUAGAAUCUGUUGAAGUGAUAUAGAAAUCUGGAAAUGUCUUUUUGUUUUUUAAUAUUGUGUUUUUUUAAACGUCCAUAACUUUAUUUUUUAUAUAUUCCAGAGGGGAUGCCAUGAUAAAUAUACCUUUCUCUGGCGGAAAGGGAAUUAGUUUUAUAUCAGUUUUUUUAUUUUUUUUGUAGUAGUUUUAUUUGUGUAUUGUCAGUUGGUUUGUCAGCAAAUGGAUCUGAAUAAGUGUGCCAAAGAAACCAUAGAGACUGAUAGAAAUAACUUGUGACAACUGUGAAUGCUAGCAUGUCACAUUAAAUUAGUUUCAGAUUUUUAAGCAUAAAUUGGUCAGACGGCCAUUUCAGCCUGUUUAACAUAGUUACUGAAAUGCUCUUUGGUUACUGAAAUGAUUUGAUUUACCUCUACCAGUUUGACUGUUUCACCUCUGUAAGAGCUUGUCAUUUUAUUAAUGUGGGGACACUGAUGGAAGUCUAGCACUUAUUCCCUUCACCCUUUAACUUCAUGUAUUGCAUCCCCCACCCCCAUGUAAAACGGCUUCUAACCAAUGCCUGGAUCUCCCCCGGUUGCCAUGGAUACUCAAUCGCUAUAGCAACCAAGGGGCCUUCCUAAGCGGCCAUGGACUCUCCGCCAGAGAAGGUGCAACACAUUAGGGAUCUCCCAGUGGCUAUGGUAAAAGCCCUCUCACUCUCAUUAGUCCCAAAUGGCACCCUAUAGCCCAUAGGCCCUGGUCAAAAGUAGGGCACUACAUAGGGAAUAGGGUGCCAUUUGGGACAAACACUAAACUCAAAUCAGAUGGGAUAAGAUACAUUCAUUGGCAUGAGCUAUGCAGCUAAAUACCUUAUAACCCAUGUGUAUGAGGUCUUAUGGCAAAUGUUCUUACAACGUUGCACAUCAAUAGCCCCUGUGGUAUACUGUUUUCCCAAUAAAACCCAUUUCUUUCUUAUGAAA